AUGAUUUUAAUACUACUCACCGCUAUUUUGGCUGGCGCGGCUGCCUAUUUCUACAGAUUCUGGAGUGUACGAGAAAAGAGACAAGUCCAACUUCGAAAAAUCGUUGAGAAGAAACGAGCUGAAAGGGCUGAAAGUGUACGGUUUGCCAAGCAAUCCGCAGAGAAACUCGAUUUGGAGACACGGAAAAAGAUUGCUGCCAUGGAAUAUUUAGAGCUAAAAGAAAGCCUCCAAUCUGGAUCAGUUUCUUGCAUUGAUGCCGUCCGUACUUAUUACUACAAAGCAAUCCAAGCAAAUGAGAAAACAAAUUCCGUUUGUAUGUUUGUAAAAGAAGCUGAGCAAUGGGCUCUGGAAUGGGAUGAGAAGGCAAAAGAUCCAGAAUUCAAGAAGCCUCCAAUGUUCGGAUUCCCGAUGUCACUGAAAGAAUGCGUGCCUCUUCAAGGAUACGAUCAAACACGUGGUUUUGUUCAAGACACUUUCCGUCCAACUGAAAUCGAUGGAGUUCUUGUUCAACAACUCAAAAAACUCGGAGCUAUUCCAUAUGUUCAAACAAAUGUUCCACAAUCUCUUCUGAGUUAUAAUUGCUCUAAUCCGGUUUAUGGGACCACAAACCAUCCAAUGGACAAGAAUAGAACAUCUGGUGGAUCGUCUGGAGGAGAGUCUGCGUUGAUUUCUGCUGAUGGAUCGAUUCUUGGAAUCGGAGGAGACGUUGGAGGAUCGAUUCGAAUUCCAUGUGCUUACACGGGAACCACUGGAAUCAAACCUUCCCAUUUGAGAUUCUCGCAUCGUGGAGUUUGUGGAUCUGUACCUGGACGUCCUCUGAUCAAUUCUAAUGAUGGUCCAAUGUCGACUCGAGUUGAAACCAAUGUUGAUUUCCUUCGCACCGUCUGGGCAGACACGUGGAUUUCUGAACAAGAUCCAUAUGUACCACCUGUGACAUGGAAUGAAGAAGCAUACCAAAGUGAUAAGAAACUGAAGAUUGGAUACUACACAGACGAUGGAUGGUUCACUCCAACCCCAGUUUGCCAGAGAGCUGUUAUGGAAGCAAAACAGAUAUUGGAAGAUGCUGGACACACUCUUGUUCCAUUCCGUCCUCCAAGAGUUCCAGAUGUUUUGAUUAUGUUCCUACGAGCAGUUUGUGUAGACGCUGGGAAAUAUUUAUCAAAGAAACUGAUGAAUGACAUCAUUGAUCCACUUCUCUACACCCAAGUAGUUCUGUGGAUGGUUCCAGUUCCAGUUCAAAGAUUCUUGGCCAGCUUCAUCAAAGUAUUCUUCCCUCGCCUUGGAAGUCUUAUGAAUGCGUUGACUUUGAGUACUGUGGAACUUCGUAACACUUAUGCCGACAUUGAAGCGUAUCGAAGUGAAAUGGCUGCUUUGAUGAUUGAUCAGAAGAUUGAUGCUCUUUUGUGUCCGGUUACUGUAUCUCCUGCUCUUCCACAUAUCGCUCCGUCGAAACUGUUUGCUGGAACAAGCUACACGGGAAUCUUCAAUCUUCUAGAUUAUGCUGCAGGAUCCGUCAAUGUGACUCAUGUUACAAAACAAGACGAAUUGGAUCUGGAAUCCGACUACGAAGCAUCUGAUCCAUGGUACGCUUUGGCUAAAAAUAGUUCUCGUGGAACAAUUGGAUUUCCAAUCGGAGUUCAAGUGGCAACUCCUCCGUACCGGGAGGAGACUUGUCUUCGUCUGAUGAGAGAAAUCGAAUUGGGUGUCACCGGAAAAUAA